GCUGGAAUACACAACUACCAACAGAUGUGAUAAAGCCACGUCUAGAUCUGUCAUUUCUCUGUUAGUUUAGGGUGCAAACUUUCCCCAGAAGGUAACAUCUGAAAAUCACACAUCACCAUGUCCAGUAUGCAGGGCAUGUAUAGCAUGCGCAGCCCAGCUGUGAAGAGAUUGAUGAAAGAAGCCCAGGAGUUGAGGGAACCUACAGAACAAUACCAUGCACAGCCUUUAGAAGACAACCUAUUUGAGUGGCAUUUCACGAUCCGCGGCCCUGGUGAGAGUGAAUUUGAUGGAGGUUUAUAUCAUGGGAGGAUCAUCCUUCCCCCAGAGUAUCCGAUGAAGCCCCCAAGCAUCAUCCUUCUCACACCCAAUGGCAGGUUUGAAGUGUUUAAAAAAAUCUGUUUAAGUAUAUCUGGUCAUCAUCCGGAAUCCUGGCAACCAUCUUGGUCAAUUCGGACAGCCUUGCUGGCCAUCAUAGGGUUUAUGCCGACACAUGGAGCUGGGGCUAUUGGCUCACUCGACUACAGCAAGGAGGAGCGUGCCAAAUUAGCAAAGAAGUCCCUGGAGUGGAAGUGCCCUACCUGCGGACAGGUCCAGAAUAUUCUCAAACCAGUCACCUCAGCCUCGCAGCAAACCAGACAGGAAGCUAAGGAACUAGCCGCACAGAUAAACUUCCAGGGAGAGAAGUCUACAUCAACAUCAUCAGAGCCACCAAAAAGUCCGGGAUCAACACCUGCACCAACCAGUAAUCCCCAAACUCCUAUAAGUACAGCCACAUCUGGUGCAACAUCUGGUGCCACACCCACUUCUCCUCCUCCAGACCAGGCUCCGUUUACACCUCCUUUUGGACAAUUCCCUUUCGGAUCUCCAUACUUUCCAUACACUUUCCCGCCCACUUCCCCAACAGGACAGAACGUGACGACAGGCGUAAUGGGAAUCCCUCGAUUUCCACCUCCGCCACCCGUUAUACCAGCAAUGUUCCCUCCAGGCCUCACGGCAAACUACGGCCAUGGUGGAAUGUCCCAGUUUCCAAAUUCUGUGUUCUCCAUGCCAACAAGUGUUCCUAGUACAACUCCACCGAAUAAAGAGGUAGAAACAAACAAAUCAAGUGUACAAUCUCAACCGUCUGUGAAAAAAGAAACUUCUGUUAAAGCUGAGACUUCAUCAACCGGUGCGACUAAAGAGGAAAAGAAACCUUGUGAAAGUUCUAGUGAGCAGGCUGAUCGAAGGGAACCUGAAGGGAGUUCUAAUGAACUGGCUACCGACGUUGACUCCGAUGUCACAACAACAACAAACAGUAAUACGGCUAAUACAACAACUGGGGCAGCAGAAAGUCAAACAAAUUCUACAACUACAGAGACGACAGGUUUACGACACAGAACCGGUGGUAUUGCCAACGAGCCGCUUGCUGCUCCCUAUGUGCAACCACCAGUCGGAGUAGUGGGUCAAAAUGCAGAACUCCCCAGAGAUUUAGACUCUCGGUGGCAGUUGUCUACCUUCCUAAUCGCCAUUGUUAGUCUGGCUAUUGGACUCCUCCUCCUUAGAAGGUUUAUUUUGUCACGUACAUGGAGAUUCUACUAUGGGCUCUGAGGAGAUUAAUUUUUGUUACCCCCUGUCAAAAUUUUUAAUUGGACAUAUUGUGCUACCCAUACUGUGUAUGGGGAACAUCUAUCUUUUCAUCUGUUCAAAAUUUGAUUUCUAAAAAAAAAAUCUUUGCUUAAAUAUCUUUUUUUUUUAUGAAUCUUGAUAAGUAUGUGUAUGACCAUAGAUGAGUUUUCUCUGAGUAAAUAGGGUUCCUUCCACAGCAAGACACCUUGUGUGUUUCCAUCUGGGCCAACAUGAAUAAUUAAUAUAUUAUGAAGUUUAUUUAGUUUCUUUAAGUUAAUUGUUGAAAUAAAGUUUUUGAUGUAAAUAUAUGAUAUAAGCAUUUACAAUAUACAAGACAAAGUCUAAACUUGUGUGAUUUAUAAGAAUAUAUAAUAGUCUAUUACACAAGAACUUGGUAGUGAUCAGAAUUAGUUCAUGAUGAAUUAGUCCAGAAGAUACAAUACUCAUAUUGGUUGAUGGUUUAAUUUCUGCUCAUUCAAUUUCUCAAAUAUAACUAAAUCAAUGCAUAUAGUGUAUAAGGAACAAGUUGCAAUCUUAAGAAGUCUCUAGUAAUUUUCUAAGAUAAGAAUGUGCACAUAUGAUUUUAUUUUCUCAUGGACAAGGGGAGAUAAUUCUUAGCUUCUUGUUACACUUUCAACAGUUUCAUAGAUUUUUUGGAAAUGAAUUAAAAUGAAUAGAUGCAAUCGGGAAUGAAAUGGACAUUAAUUAUAUUGUUUUAAAUUUGAGACAAAUUUUAACACAAAAACUUUUAAUAGACAUGACACAUACCUGUAUGUAUCAGUUGAGAGUACAGUACAUGUGCAUUGUAUAUUUCAUUGCUGGAUUUAAAAAUGUAGCAUAAUAUUUUUCAUGGUUUCAUGUCUGCUUUGUCGAUGGAUUAAUUUAAGAGAAAAUGCAUUUUAAUUUCCAUAAGUCAUCUGAAUGCUUAAACACUUUUAAUAAUAAUGACAAAAGAAAAGAGAUAAUUUCUAAUUAUAAUUGAAUAUAAAUUUCAUUACAUCUUUAAAGUCCAAGGGUUUAUAGGAUUUACCUGGAAUUAGGAGGACGCUUACUAAAGCUUUGAACAUUGAUUAUAUAAAAGAAAUCCUGAUUAUCAGCACUUUCGAUAUGUUAAAGUUCGUCUGGUUAAAAUUACAUUUUGCUUCUUAAGUUAAAACAAGUAAUUUGAUAAAUAGUACUUUCAAUCUAUACACUAUAGCAAAUUCAGAUAUAAUUUGUAAAAAAUCCUCUAUAUGCACUGUCAUAAUUGUUUUUCAGUGAAACAUUGAAUUGUUGAUUCAAAUACUUGUAGGAAAGAAUCUGAGAUUAUUACUUGACAUUUGUAACAUUAACAAAAAAUGGUAAAGAUUAUAGUGCUUGACUUGGAGCUAGAAGAUGUGUGCAAUAAUUAGCUGUAGGUACAUGUACAUGCAUAUGUACCGGUAUAUCAUUUUACAAUCAAGCUGGUUCUUAUAUCAGAUUGCAAAACUGUCACAGACAAUGUGUUAAGUAACACAUGUUAUUUAAAUUGUAUAUAUGUAAUUUUGUGUUACAAUACAGUCUGAGUUUCCUCUGGCCCUAAUACCAGGCUUGGGGCAUUCUGACUGUCAAAAUGUAGGGCCAGAGGAGACUCGGGCUAAACAAAACUGUGAUAUAAUGUUGUGAAAUUAUUAAACUUGA